AUGGUGGGCCCAUCCGACAUUCCCGAGCAGGUCGUAAGUCUGAAUGUGGGUGGGCAACGUUUUGCCACUAGUUCCCACACACUCACAUGGAUUCCGGAUUCCUUUUUCACAAGCCUUCUGAGUGGACGAAUACCUACUGUCCGGGAUGACAGCGGAGCGAUAUUCAUCGAUAGAGACCCGGAUGUCUUUCGUAUAAUCCUUAACUACCUUCGCACGAAACAGGUUGAUUUAAGCAACAUCGCGCCGAGCACUUUGAAACACGAAGCUCAAUAUUUUGGUUUGGCGCCUUUAGUUCGUCGACUGACGCUAUGUGAAGAAUUAGAUGUCUCAUCAUGUGGAACUGUGCUGUUCCAUGCAAUGAUUCCUGCACCAAAUCUUCCAUUUGAGCGGCCGGUAAUUGAACGAAAGAUGCCGAAUUGCUCAUCGUCCUCUUCUGAAAAUGCAUCGCAACAGGCCAACACAGAAAACGCAAAGUCUGCACCAAACACUGACUCCACGACUUGCGGAUGCUUGAGCAAAGCCCCGACUGUACCUGGUGGCCUUGUGAUCCUGGAGAAAAACGAUGGAUGGUAUUCGAGACACGGGAGUGGCCAUAGUACUCCAAGAGGCAUCAGGGAAUUGUGCCGGGCAUUACGUUCCUGUCAACGGGUGAGGGUUCGAUAUUCGUUACUUCAGAUCCGCAACGAGUUAUCUCAUUUGAAACAUCAAUCACGGGUUCAGUCUGAGGAUGAGCCAGAUCCGCUGCGUGUACGUAUUGUGAGAGCUCAUCAUAAUUCGAUCAUCGUUGCUUACGCUUACUACGCAUGCGUUUAUCGGUUGGUUUCGAUUUCUGACUUUUACAUGGGUGUCAAAAAUCACAAAAAGAAGGCAAAUAUGAAAGAGUCUCUCGGUUGGCAAAGUGUCUAUAGUACGCCUCGUAUGGACUCUUUGAUCAGACAUGUAGCCCUCAACACCAAAUUUGGGCCUCAGAAUACUGACAGAAUGGUUGCUGUGGCUCUCGCAAACGGAAACAUCCUCUUGUGGUCACUUGAGGAGGGUGAUACUGCUGUGAAGAUUGGGGUGUUUUCUUUGUCAGUUGCUGUGGACAAAUUGUUCUUUAUCGGCAGUCAGAUGGUUGCGUUAAGCCGAACAGGAAAAGUAGGCAUAUGGCAUUCAAUGACGCACAACUGGCAGGUUCAAGAUGUGGUUGCCAUAUCGUGCUACGAUACCGCUGGGUCAUCUCUUUUGCUUGGUUGCACGAAUGGCUCUAUGUAUUAUAUUGAUAUGCAAAAAUUCCCUCUGAGGAUGAAAGAUAACGAUCUGUUGGUAACUGAACUUUACAAGGAUCCAAAUGGAGAUGGCAUCACUUCGAUUAGCGUAUAUUUAACUCCAAAAACAAAUGUGUGCGGGAACUGGAUCGAAAUCGCUUACGGGACUUCUUCUGGUGCUGUUCGUGUGAUUGUUCAACACCCAGAAACUGUUGGACAUGGACCGCAGUUGUUUCAGACAUACACUGUUCAUAAUUCUCCUGUUACACGAGUUACUUUGAGCACAAAUCACUUGAUCAGCGUAUGUUCGGAAUACAACCACGUGCGAUCAUGGAUGGUUACGCGUUUUCGUGGUAUGAUCAGUACUCAACCGGGUAGCACUAGCUUAGCUUCAUUCAAAGUGCUUACUUUGGAUUCCACGGAUGAUUCUGUAGAUAGGGAUUAUGCGGAUCCUGGUCCCUAUGGUGACCAAGACGGUGAUCAGGUAUUUGUACAGCGCGUUGUUCCCAACACGAAUCAGCUUUUCGUUCGAUUAGCAUCUACGGGAGAGAGAAUAUGCACUAUUCGUUCUGUAGACGGAGCUGCAAUUUCCUCCUUCACCGUUCAUGAAUGUGAAGGUUCAAAUCGAAUGGGAAGUCGCCCUCGUCGGUUCCUGUUUUGUGGAACCACUAGUGGUAGUGUGCAGAUGUGGGAUUUGACUACAGCACUGGAUCAAUAUGUGGCCGCUCGCCAGUCAUCUCUAGCCAGUGCUCAAUCAACAUCUAGUUUGGAUUCCUUGAAGACAUCAUCUAGCAGUGUGAAAAUGCCUCCGACGAUGCUACAAGGACUGAAUGGGCCGUCUCCUCAAGAACUGUUGCAGUUGAUUGAUGAGUGUGAAAUAUGCUGUAACAGUAUGAGUCCGACUCCGGCAUCCACACCACAUUCAUCUGUACCCCACCUUCCGAGUUUGUGA